AUGACAGAAUGUAAAACACUGUCUACUCCUAUUUCUACUUCAAAAGCCGUGGGCAUUGAUACAACCUUACAUGACGAUCCUACACAGUACAAGAGUUUGGCUGUUGCGUUACAAUAUCUAACUAUCACUCAUCCUGAUAUUUCCUUUGCAGUCAAUCAGUUGUGUCAACACAUGAGUGCUCCUACAGUCUCUCACUUGGAGCAAUUAAAAAGAGUUUUGAGGUAUGUUAAAGGAAUUGUUACUUUUGGUUUACGAGUCAGACAGUCAUCUUCAAGAGAAAUUCAUGCCCUCUCUGAUUCUGACUGGGCUGGUUGUCUGGAGGAUAGAAAUCUACAAGUGGUUUUGCUGUGUUUUUUCGGUUCUAAUCUUGUGACUAGGGUCUGCAAGAAACAAAGAACUGUUGCUAGAUCUUCCACUGAGACUGAAUAUAAAGCUCUAGCAAAUGUUUGUGUUGAAGUAAUUUGGAUUAUGUCACUUUUGCGAGAAAUCCAUGUUCCAUACACCAGUGAUUUCUACCAGAAGUUUGUGGAUUGCUUGACAACCACCGCUAAACCCCCAAUCCCAAAAGACCAAGUUUCCAAGAUUGUGUAUGAGCCCAAAAAUGAAAAAUUCUUGUCGAUUUUAAACGCCUAUGUGAGAAACCGGUGCUACAACACCUCCUCGUCGUCCAAACCCGACGUCAUUGUAACUCCAUUGGAAGAGACCCAUGUUCCGGGGAUUGUUACGUGCGCUCUCGACGUCGGCGUUCCGAUUAAGGUCCGGAGCGGGGGUCAUGACUUCGAGGGGCUAUCGUACGUGGCCGGAUCGGAAUACUUAAUUCUUGAUAUGUUCAAUCUCCGAUCCGUGGAGGUGGACGUGGGAACCCAGACGGCGUGGGUGCAGACCGGCGCUACCCUCGGCGAGCUUUAUUAUAGGAUUUCGGAGAAGAGCCCCACUCUGGGGUUCCCCGCCGGGACGGCCCCCACCAUCGGGAUUGGUGGGCACAUUAGCGGCGGCGGAUACGGGAAUAUGGUUCGUCAGUACGGGCUGACGGUGGACCAUGUGGUGGACGCGCGGUUUGUGGAUGCGAAGGGGAAAGUUCUGGAUAGGAAGGGCAUGGGGGAGGAUUUGUUCUGGGCGAUUAGAGGCGGCGGAGGGGCUAGUUUUGGGGUCAUCUUAGCGUAUAAAAUCCAACUGGUGAAAGUGCCAGAAAAGGUGACACAUUUCGCGGUGGAGAGAAGCAUGGAAGAGCACGCGAGUAAUGUAGUGUCGGAGUUUCAGAAGGCCGUGGAAACCAUGGACCCCAAUCUCUUCAUCCGCCUCGUUCUAAAGCCCACCCCCGAGGGGGAGAACAAGAAGAAGAACGACAUAAAACUCACCGCCAUGGGUCUAUUCCUCGGCGAAUCCGCGAAGCUCCUCCCCAUCAUGGAAAAGGAAAUGCCGGCGUUGGGGCUAGAAUCCUCCGACUGCCAGGAAAUGACCUGGAUCCAAUCGGUCAUCGAGUGGGCAAACUACGACCACACCGCCAAAAAACCCGAAAUUCUCCUCGGCAGAGUCCCCGACGAGGUGUUCUUCACCAAGAGAAAAUCCGAUUUCGUUAUGACGCCAAUCCCCAAGGUGGCAAUAGAAUCGAUGUUAAAGAAGAUGAUAGAGCUGGGCGACAUAGAGCUGAAGCUCAACUCCUUCGGCGGGAAACUGCCGGAAAUCUGCUCCGACGUGGCCACGCCGUUCCCUCACCGAUCCGGAGUUUUGUACCUGAUCCAAUACGCUGUGUCGUGGAAAGAAGAAGGGUCGGAGGGGGAGAUGUUGUUCGUGCAACAAGCAAGGGAUAUGUACGAGUUCAUGACGCCAUUCGUGUCCAGCAACCCAAGAAGGGCGUACCUUAACUACCGAGAUGUGGACCUUGGGACCACCGAGCACGGCGUCCAUGCGUUAACAGAAGGGAGGAUGUACGGGACCAUGUAUUUCAAUAAAAACUACGACAAGUUGGCGAGGGUGAAGACCAUGGUUGAUCAUAGAAACUUCUUCAGGAAUAUUCAGAGCAUUCCGCCUCUCAGUCAAGCACGCCCGCGCAAUCGCAAACAGGCCGAUUCAUCAUAG